CAAAACGAUGAUGUUUUUACGAUAGCUAGGCAAUAUCAUAUGGUUAAUAUUUUCAGCAUCAUAUGGUUUUCCAAUGAUCGUUUAUAAUUUUAUUAAAACAAUUUCGUGAAUACUAGUGCAAACGCAAAACGCAACGCAAACUAUGCGUUGAACUACACACAUAUAAAAGCAAUCGAUUUUAGCUUGACGGAUCGGGCGCCACACAAAAUGUACAAUGCAACCAUCGUAUUUAGUGCUUAAGCCAAAAUAUUCUUAAAUUAGUUGAAAAGAAAAAGCAAAUGUAAACGGUCUUCAGAAUGGUGCGGUCAAUUUUUUUGUUAUCAUCAUCUAAAGUGCACGGUUAUGAAUUCUUGAGACACGCCCAAGAGGAAUUGACAACUUUUUUAAAAAGGAACAGUGUUAAAACUAUUUUAUUCGUACCUUACGCUAAAAUAGCCCAUGAUAAAUAUACCGAAACAGUAAGUAAAGCUCUUAGUCCAUGGGGUUAUAAAGUCGAAGGAAUCCAUGUUAAGAAAAACCCUAGCGAUGCUAUACGUUCUGCCGAAGCCAUUUUUAUCGGCGGUGGUAAUACAUUUUUGCUGUUAAAAACCUUAUAUGAUCUGAAUUUGGUGGAAGUGAUACGUGGAGCUGUUCUAAAUAAUGGUAUUCCUUAUAUUGGAUCUAGUGCUGGUACGAAUGUUGCUACACUUUCCAUUCAUACUACCAACGAUAUGCCAAUAGUUUUCCCGCCCACGUUCGAUGCAUUGAAGUUGGUUUCUUUCAACAUAAACCCACAUUACUUGGAAACGGAUGCGAGCAAACAACAUAUGGGUGAAACACGCGAUGAACGUUUAAAUGAAUUUUUGGAAUAUCAAAAGCGCCCAGUGUUGGGCUUACGUGAAGGAACCGCAUUAAUUAUCUAUGAUGAUAAGGUUACAUUAGUUGGAGAUAGGAAAGCAAAAUUAUUCAAACCGGAAUGUGAUCCCGUUGAAUUUGAUCCACCUUGUGACCUAAGCUUUUUGCUAAAAGGAAAUUAAUGCAUAAUAUUCUUGAUAGCACUUGCAGUACAUAUGAAAGCUAGUAAAGCAGAAGCCAAGUAAUGCGGAAAAACAGAGUCAAAUGCAUUAGUGACACCCCAGUAUUUCUUCUCUAUUGUAACUUUUAGGUUCUUUAAAAUAAAGUAGCUAUUCUUGCAAAACCGAUUUGAGCUGUAUUACAAUCUUCACGGGAAGUAGUGCAAACCAUAUGUCCAAUCAUCAC